AUGGAGAAAAAGGAGCAACUAAGACUUAUGUUUGCUUCAGAAGAAUGGGCCCGAAAUUCACAUUCUAAAAGUGCGAAGGGAAAAGUGACAUAUACAAUAGUUGUUAGCAUCUCCUUUUGGAAGUCCGUGAACUCUUGUUUGCUUGUUUUUCGACCAUUGGUGAAAGUACUUCGACUUGUUGAUAGUGACAGACCAUCUAUGCCAUGGUUGUAUGGAGAACUUAAAGCGGCGAUAAGAGAGAUCAAGGAAGACGAAUGUAGUGGACUUGAAAAGAGUUAUAAACUGAUAAUUGACAUAAUUGAGAGUAAAUCCAAAGGAAGACUUGAUUCCUCUUUGCACUUGGUGGGUUACUUGCUUAAUCCGUACUACUUUGCAAAGAAUAGGGUGGAUAUAGGAGAUGAUACAACUAUAAUGGAAGCAUUUCUCGAUUGUCUGGAGAAGUUCUUCCUUGAUGAUUUCACCACUCAAGGGAUAGUGUCUGAUGAUGAAUUGAUCAAGUAUAAGAAAUUGGAGGGAAUGUUUGGAAGAAAACAAAACAAGCCAAUUUUGCUUAUGAAAAAGCAAAGAGUGAGUAAUGAUAAAGAUGUCCUUCAAGCGGAUGAUUGUAGUAAAGCUCAACAUUGGUUGGUUGAUGGUGUUGAUGAUGAGAGUGAUAUUGAUCCUGUCAUCGGGGCAACACGGGAGGUAGUUGAUCAAGCGGUGGGAGCGGAUGAAAUACUUCAACCUAGAAGGAGCACUAGGAAUGUAAGAGAAAUUGAUGAGGAAGAGUUUGUGUCGGAGGAGUCGUCCGAAGAAGAUGAUGAAUGUGACUUUGAGUCCGAUGAAGAAAAAGAUGUGCCUCUAGUGGAGGAACAAGAUGAUAUUUUUGAGAAUGAUGAUUGA